AUGGAGAGCCCCGCGGGCGGCGCGGCGGCGGAGCCGGCGCACGCCGGCGCGGAGCCGGAGCCGCCGACCCCCGUCCCGGCGGAGGGCGGCGGGGAGACGGCGGAGGGCGGCCCGACGGCCCCGCGGUCCCGCUGCCUGCGGGCCGUGUACGUGCUGAACGACCCGCCCAAGGCGGGGGCCGGGGCGCGCAGCCCCGAAGCCGGGGCGAGGCAGUGCCUGCUGCGGGCGUGCGAGGCGGAGGGUGCGCAGCUCGGCACGGUCAACUUCGGCGAGUUGGACUUCGGGGAGACGGCGGUGCUGGACGCCUUCUACGACGCGGAUGUUGCAGUUGUGGAUAUGAGUGAUAUUUCCAAGCAACCAUCACUGUUCUACCACCUUGGUGUGCGUGAAAGCUUUGACAUGGCAAAUAAUGUUAUACUCUACCACGGCACUGAUGAUGACACUGCUCAGUCUCUCAAAGAUAUGGUAUCUCAGAAAAAUACAGCUUCCAGUGGAAAUUAUUAUUUCAUUCCAUACAUUGUUACCCCUUCUGCUGACUACUUCUGCUGUGAAAGCGAUGCCCAGAGAAGAGCUUCUGAGUAUAUGCAGCCUAGCUGGGACAAUAUCCUGGGGCCACUCUGUGUUCCUCUAGUGGACAGGUUUAUCAGCCUUCUCAAGGAUGUUCAUGUUACAUCAUGUGCCUAUUAUAAAGAAACGCUGCUAAAUGAUAUUAGGAAGGCUAGAGAGAAGUACCAAGGAGAUGAACUGGCUAAGGAGCUGGCUAGAAUUAAGCUUCGUAUGGAUAAUACUGAAGUGCUGACUUCUGAUAUUGUCAUAAACCUGCUUCUUUCUUACCGAGAUAUACAGGACUAUGAUGCUAUGGUGAAGCUGGUAGAAACACUAGAAAUGCUUCCUACAUGUGACCUGGCUGAUCAACACAACAUUAAGUUUCAUUAUGCUUUUGCUUUGAACAGAAGAAAUAAUGCAGGUGACAGGGAGAAGGCACUACAAGUCAUGCUUCAGGUCCUGCAGACGUGUGAUCACCCUGCUCCAGAUAUGUUUUGCUUGUGUGGAAGGAUAUACAAGGAUAUGUUUCUUGACUCUGACUGUAAAGAUAUCAACAGUCGAGAUUAUGCCAUUGAAUGGUACCGCAAAGGGUUUGAACUCCAGUCAACACUGUAUUCAGGGAUUAACCUUGCAGUUUUACUACUUGUUGAAGGACAGCAGUUUGAAAGCUCAAUGGAACUGAGAAAGAUAGGUGUACGGUUAAACAGUUUAUUGGGAAGAAAAGGGAGCCUAGAAAAAAUGAACAAUUACUGGGACGUGGGACAGUUCUUCAGUGUGAGCAUGUUGGCUAAUGAUGUUAGUAAAGCAGUUCAAGCAGCAGAGAAACUAUUUAAGCUGAAACCUCCAGUAUGGUACUUGAAAUCAUUAGUUCAGAAUCUGAUGUUAAUACAGCGUUUCAAGAAAUUCACCAUAGAACAUUCUCCUAAACAAGAAAGAUUGACUUUCUGGCUAGAUAUAAUUUUUGAGGCAACGAAAGAAACAACUCAUGGACUGAGAUUUCCAGUUUUGGUGAUAGAACCAACUAAAGUCUACCAGCCUGCAUAUGUUUCAAUCAACAGUGAAGAAGAUGAGAGAUCUCUUUCUUUGUGGCAUGUCUCUCCCACUGAAAUGAAACAGAUUCAUGAGUGGAACUUUGCAGCUUCUUCCAUAAGGGGAAUAAGUAUUUCCAAGUUUGAUGAACGAUGUUGUUUUCUUUAUGUGCAUGAUAACUCUGAUGAUUUUCAAAUCUACUUUUCUACAGAAAACCAGUGUAGUAGAUUCUGUGGGUUGGUGAAAGAAAUUUUGUCUGAUGCAGUUGGCGGUACUUUGGAGCUAGAAGGAGAAAUAGAUGGAGAAACAUUGGAGUACGAAUAUGAUUAUGAUGAGAAGGGUGACAGAGUUGUUCUAGGAAAAGGUACCUAUGGGAUAGUAUAUGCUGGAAGAGACCUUAGCAACCAGGUGCGAAUAGCCAUCAAAGAGAUACCUGAGAGAGACAGCAGAUAUUCUCAACCUCUUCAUGAAGAGAUAGCACUGCAUAAAUAUUUAAAGCAUCGGAAUGUUGUCCAGUAUCUUGGAUCCGUUUCAGAGGAUGGAUACAUUAAGAUUUUUAUGGAGCAGGUGCCAGGAGGCAGCCUCUCAGCUCUCCUGAGGUCUAAGUGGGGGCCAAUGAAAGAACCCACAAUUAAAUUUUACACCAAGCAGAUUCUGGAAGGUCUUAAGUAUCUCCAUGAGAACCAGAUUGUACACAGAGAUAUAAAGGGGGAUAACGUGUUGGUGAACACCUAUAGUGGCGUGGUAAAGAUAUCUGAUUUUGGUACUUCCAAACGGCUGGCAGGAAUCAAUCCAUGCACUGAAACAUUUACAGGCACGUUGCAGUACAUGGCUCCAGAAAUCAUUGACAAGGGACCACGAGGAUAUGGUGCACCAGCUGAUAUCUGGUCACUAGGGUGUACCAUGAUUGAAAUGGCAACAGGCAAGCCUCCAUUUCAUGAGCUAGGAGAGCCUCAAGCAGCAAUGUUUAAAGUUGGGAUGUUUAAGAUUCAUCCUGAAAUUCCAGAAUCUCUGUCUGCUGAAGCAAAAGCCUUUAUUUUGCUCUGUUUUGAACCUGAUCCUUGUAAGCGUGCUACAGCAUCUGAUUUGCUCAGAGAUUCUUUCCUGAAACAAGUCAACAAGGGCAAGAAAAGCAGAAUUGCGUUCAAGCCUUCAGAUUACAAUCGGAACACAUCCCUCCCACUGCCAAUCCAUGGAGAACAGGCUGGCAGCAGCAGCAGCGAGCAUGGCUCUGUUUCUCCAGACUCCGACGUACAGCAUGAUGUGUUUUUCGAAAGGCCAAAGAGAUCCGUUUCAGAGAUUCAGACAAGGCAUCCCAUUGCCCAUUUAUUGAGCAUGCCUGAUGAGGGCCUGGCCCCGGAGGACAGAAGUUUCUCUCCUUCCAGUGAGGAUAAGGAUUCUGGUCUGUUCCUGCUACGGAAGGACAGCGAACGCCGGGCAAUUCUAUAUAAAAUUCUCAAGGAAGAACAGAAUAAAGUUGCUUCAAAUUUGCAGGACUGUAUUGCACAGAGCUCUGAAGAACUGCAGCUUUCAAUGGCCCACAUCAAGCAAAUUAUUGGGAUUUUAAGGGACUUCAUACAUUCUCCUGAGCACAGAGUGAUGGCAUCUACCAUAUCCAAACUGAAAAUGGAUCUGGACUUUGACAGCACUUCCAUCAAUCAGAUUCAUCUGGUGCUGUUUGGAUUUCAGGAUGCGGUUAACAAAGUGUUAAGAAAUCAUUUAAUAAGGCCCCACUGGAUGUUUGCAAUGGACAAUAUAAUUCGCCGUGCAGUCCAAGCAGCAGUCACCAUUCUUAUUCCAGAACUUCGAGCUCACUUUGAGCCAGCAUCAGAAACUGAAGGUGGCGACAAAGAUUGUGACGAAGUGGAAGAGAGUUUCCGUCCCUCUGAACAAAAUGGGACAGAGGAUGCUGCUGUCACAUCAGGAGUUAGCACCCUCAGCUCCGUGGUGUCACACGAGGCUCAGCAGCAGCUUAGCCUGGAAUUGGGCAGACUCAAACAAGAGACCAUAAGGCUUUUGGAAAAACUCGUUCAGAAGGAGAAGGAGUAUCAGACCCUCUUACAACAAUCUUUGGAGCAAAAAACACAGGAAUUGCACUUGCUUCAAUUAAGACUUAAACCCAGAGACUGGCAGUGGCCUGCAUCAACUUUAAACGAGAAUGCAGACCCAGAGCUCACAAACUGGCUGAAACAACAAGGGGCAGACCCGGAUACCAUUAGAAGGUUUGCUGAAGAGGAUUAUACACUGAGUACUGUCCUUAAUGACAUCACUAAGGAUGAUUUGCGAUGCCUUCAACUGCGUGGCGGACUUCUCUGCAGAAUCUGGAAUGCGAUAUUAACCCACCGACAAACACCCGAUAAGUCCAUGGAGGCAGAAGGAUAGCUCUUUGGAAACAGAAUGUGUAAUGGGAGUAAGCAAAUGAAAGAUAGAUACAUUCCUAAAUUAUUGGAUGUAUAUAUGUACAUAGUCCCCCUGCUUUGCAGGUUUUGCACAAUUACAUAGCUCAUUUGACCAUCAGCGUAAUACACAGCAAGUAGUAACAGCUUAUGGAAGAGUAGCACAGAAGACAAAUGUCCUAUCACUGUAAAUAUAAAGCCUUAGCUGAGACAGAAUUGAUUUUCUUCAUCGUGUCUGGUACAAUGCUAUGGUUUGGCUCUAGGAGAAAAACAAUGUUGAUAACAGGCCAAUGUUGUAGUUGUAUAUAAGCAGUGCUGUAUAGAUCUGAGGACAUUUUGGUUUUUUAGCUUCUUGUACUGUCCUAAUAGGGAAGUGGCUGAGGGGAAUAGAGGGAGCUGGGAGGGGCAGAAUGAAGACUGUAUCACACACCUGAAUUGGGCUUUAGUAUUAUGCACACUGAACUUUUAGAAUGUGUGACAGGUGUGCUGGCUGAUGGCUUAAGCAGGAAGUGGUUAAGCUGUAGCAUAUGUCACUUCUUCCUCUACAACUCUACAUAGCUUUGUGUACGAAAGCUACUCUCAGUGAGCAACUAAGCAAAGCCUGCAUGAUGGUUUUGAUUUUGUAAUUUGGCUGCAGUAAAAACAUGGCAAACCUGAAAGGUCUUUUGUUUCUUU